AUGUCUCUGGUAUAUGUACCUCUCACAUGGGUGUUUACUUCCUCUCUCAUAGGGUCUUCUGCUGGAACUGUAAAAACAGAGAAGAGUGUCACCGGAGUACUGGGACUUGAUGUCACUCUCACUUGUUACUAUGAAGCUCAAGAAGGAGAGAAGGUCUCUCAGGUUGUUUGGUCAAAGAAAAUCUCUGGUGGGCAAAGUAUUCAGAUUGCCACCCUGAAUGCAGAGUUUGGGGCCCAUGUGUAUAAAGAAUUUGAAGGAAGAGUAAAAGAAAAGUCCCCAUUACAACCGGAGGAUGGCACAAUAAUCCUGAAGAAUGCUGUGCAGGCAGAUGAGGGCACCUACCAGUGCCGAGUGAUCACUUUUCCAGCAGGAAACUUUGAAGCCGAUCUGAAGCUUACUGUUCUUGUUCCGCCUUUGCCAACGCUGAACCCCGGGCCGCCGCUGGUGGAAGGAGUGGGCCAGACAAUAGCGGCCUCCUGUACGGCAGAGGGAAACCCCGCCCCCAGACUGAGCUGGCAGACAGAGGUGAUUGGCACAAACUCAUCUCGCACGUUUGACCACACCCGAUCGACCUCGGUGACCAGUGAGUUCUAUGUUGUGCCGGUGCGCAGUAUGAACGGCAAGGAGCUGACCUGCGUGAUAUCGCACCCUGGCUUCCAGGAGGAGAAGAGGAUCACCCAUGUGCUCUCUGUGAAGUAUCUCGCAGAGGCCUCCAUACAAGGCCACGAGGGCUGGUUUGCGGGUAAAGAUGGCGCUUCCCUCCAAUGCUUGUGUGAUGGCAACCCCCACCACCAGUCUACCAGUGGUCCAGGUAAGGCGUUCCAUCCACUCUACUAG